AUAAUAUAAUCAUUAUAAUGGUACGAAUGGAAUCCCUUGGGUUCAUAAAAGCUUAUGCAAGAUCGGCGUUUAGAUGCUGGUCUCCGGCGACGGGAUCACCUGAUGGAAUUGGCUCUAGACGUAACGGUGGAGGGAGAGAAGGAAGUCGAUUAAAUUUCUCGUCGAGUUCGACAUUGGCUUCUACAAGGGUUGCCGGAGGGAGUCUGCCGGAGAGAAUUCGUCGGAGAAAAAGUUUGUCAGUCGAUGCGGAGUGGCUGCUGGAGAAAGGAAGAGAGAGAGAG